AUGCUUGGAACUCCAGCGAACAGCCGUGGCUCCUCCAACGGCUUCGGUCACCGACCAAACGGCCUGUCGGUCUCGGAUGUCGACCUCGACAUCGAAGGCGCAGGCGGAGGCAGGAUCGACGAGGCGUACGACACUGGACUCCCUUGGCCACUCGGAUCCAGCGCUCGUCCGACUUCGUGGUCUGCCAAGGGUCCAGCAGACUAUGUACCGCGCCUGCCACUUAUCAAGAGCUUGCGUUGCCAUCUCACUUGGGCCAAGGCUGGAUGGGGAGACGCGAAUCGAUGGCCUGAAGCCUUCAAGCUCAUCGGCAGCUCGAGCGAGAUUCGCAACGGCGUCUUGAAGGGCUUGCUCCUCAGCGGCACCAUCUCUGCCAUCGUCUUCUUCUUCGAACUCGCCUUUUUCCCUACCGUACUCUUCCAGCAAAAGCCGCCGGUCAAGGCGAUGCAGGACAUCGCUGAAUCCGGGUCAAUCAUCGGCAACUUGGGCAACGUCUUCUGGAUGUACCCGCUCAUCGGCGGCAGCUAUCUGCUGGCCUCGUCGUGGACGUCCGACAUCGCUCAAGCGGCCUACAAGCUACGCCACGGACACGUGCGCAGGCUUACGCUCUCCAAUCCCUCGCUGCCACCAGGCACGUCACGCAGACUCGUACAAGAGAGCUACCGCAUCAUCCUCAUCGCCAACUACACGCUUCUAUACAUCCUCCUCGGCCGCAUCCCGUACCUUGGACGAACGCUCUCGUUCCUCUUCAUGUGCCUCGUGGACGGAUACUACUGCUUCGAACAGGCCUGGAUCUCGCGAGGCUGGUCGCUUGGCCGCCGCAUGCGAUACUGCGAGGAAAGGUGGUCCUACUUUGUAGCCUUUGGCUUGCCAUCGACUGCAGUUUCGUUCUUCCAUCCGAGCGGCCUGCUGAACCUGAUGCUCUUUAUGCUCGUCUUCCCCUUCUGCACCGUGCUUGCCAUGCUUGCCGAUCCUCAGCCAAGAAUUUCGGCAUCGGGCGCGCUCGCCGCUUCAUCGACCUACACCGUCGCUUCUGGCGCGUCCGACUAUGCCAGUGGGCCACUGCAUCGCCUGGUUCCCUCGCGUCUCGCCGUCUUCUGGCCCACAGUCAAGCUGCACAGCCUCAUACUGCGCCUCCUGCCCAGGUUUGCCGAUGCGCCACUGGCGCCUUCCGCACAGGCGUUCGAGCGUAACGCCAACGUGUACGGCAGGACGGCAGAUACAAACGGUGCCGCAGGCUUUACGGUCAACGGUGGGUUUGGUGGGUUCGGUACGGGGGGCAAGCGGGCCGCUGAGCUGGUGGGAGGAAUCUUCAAUGAUUCGAAUCGCAGCGCUUUCGGCCCGGGCCGCACAUCGCGAGCACCAUGGCAGUACGGUGGGGACCAGACUGCACUGCACGAAGCGAGCUCUGGCGCCGUGAUGGCAGACGGCGCAUACCCGCUGAUGAACUCGGCAGCCAAUCUGCCUGGUGGCGCCGCAACGGGCACGUACAACAGCAUGGGUCAGAACAUGCACUCCAGAAUGGCUGCUCCGCCAAAAGGACCCAUCGCUCCUCCUCCCAAGGGCGCAAAUCAUCGCAAAGUAGACUAG